AUGUCGACCGAGCCGCAAGGUGGUCCUGGUCUGGGGGACCUUGAGAAAGAGCUGACUUGCUCGAUUUGCACAGAUUUGCUCUUUCAGCCGCUCACCCUCCUCGACUGUCUUCAUACUUUCUGUGGAUCUUGCUUGAAAGAGUGGUUCUACACUCAAGCAUCUCGUCGAUCAUCCUCAUCCGCUUCCCGAUACACUUGCCCCUCAUGUCGUGCGAAAGUUCGCGAGACUCGUCCAAAUGCUACCGUCACGACACUCCUGGACAUGGUGCUGACCGCCAACCCCGAGCGUGCCAAACCAGCCGCCGAACGGGCUGAGAUUGAACAGCGAUAUAAGCACGGGGAGUCAGUUUUCCCUCCUAUCGCUUCUCCCGGUAAUAGCUCGGCGGGGUCUGAUGAAGAGGACCAGAGAAUGUUGGAGGAGGUUCGUCAGUUGAGCCUACAGGAUUCUCAGAGCCGGCCUACGACAGCUCAAGGACCGCGGCAAUCUUCAAACACUCGCCGAAUAGAUCUCGAUGGCCAACGGGAAGACAGUCGGUCCCGGCGACGGCGGGAAGAGGAGCGAGCAACGCGGCGACAACGGACCACUCGAACAACAGCAGCAGCAGGGCGGCCAGAAAGUGCUACGGAACGGACACGACGGGUCGAGCACCAGUCAAGCCUACGAUCCCUAUUGAGCUUAUCGGAUACCGAGACUAUGGAAGAGGAGAUCCUACGACAGAUCCUUGAAGAAGGGCUCCUAGAAGAUAUAGACCUGGACAGUCUGGAACCUGGACAAGAAGAGGAACUCAGUGAGCGUAUCGCCGAUGCGUAUCGUCGAAGGCAUAAUAUAUUACGGUCACGCUCCCAGCGACGGCAAGAUGUCCCAGAACCGUUGCAAACACAGAGACAGCCCCAUACUCGGUCGCAGUCUAUGCAGAGAGCGCAAGGGUCGACUAAUAGCUCUUUCAACCCGAGAUCGCCUCUGUUAGAGCCUCCUACGUCUCAAGGACCAUCAAACCACAGGAGGCAACUUUCUGAGCAAGGAAGCAACCGUCGGAGGAGAACGUCUCCGGUACCUUAUAAUAUAGCCUCGUCGUCUGAUGUUACACUCGGUCCUGCUCAGAGAUCUGCAAGCGAUAUAAUACCAGAUCGUCCCCGCCACUCCCACUCACGACCGCGGCCGACCGGUUCUGCCACCACACGGUCCCAGCGAGCCAAUUCUUCUGACCAAAGCGUCCCUAAUAUCGUUAUCGGUGAAAGAAAUCGAGCGUCUAGUCACACUCGUACUAGAUCCUCCAUUGAUUCUCCGAGGGUGACUGCCGUAGCAGCACGAAAUCCGCUAGACACCCCUGGCUCUGUGCGUCCUCGGAAUGGUGCAUCCGAUUUUCUCACGAACAGCGCUGUCGUGGCUGAAGUCAAUGGCCCGGCCAGGCUAGAGCCACGCCAGAGACCAUCAUCCUCUCGCUCCAAUGUGCUGGCACAGCCCGCCGACUCGCAUCUUGAACCCAACAUUUCGUGCGAUCGCUGCGGAAAGCUCAACAUUCAGUACGAUCUACAUAAGAAGUGUGUACAGUGUAAAGAUGGCAACUUCCAUCUGUGUCUUAGAUGUUACCGUAUGGGACGAGGUUGCUUAGAGUGGAAGGGAUUUGAGACAUCUGCCCAGGCUGAAUUUGUAAGAACGACAGGUGACCAACAGAAACGACCACAGGACUCUCAGCACAGUCUUCAAUCCUUCAAAUACUCCCGUCCUUCCGAAACAGCCCUUCGGUUUGUGAGAGAUGAGAGGGAGAUGACUAGCGAUAAUCCUGCGCACAGAUUGCAGCAAGGCCUCUUUUGUGAUCGAUGCCAAUCCUCUGCCAACGAGGGCCUUUGGACCUGCAGUCAAUGCAAUCAAGGUGAUUGGGGAUUUUGCAACAGAUGCGUCAACCAGGGCAAAUGCUGCACCCACCCGCUGCUCCCAAUCUGCCGCGUCAGGCGUGCUCGCAGCCCCCAAGACCAGCCUAGUGCUGACAGCAACACGGAAAUGUUGAAAUCAUUGAGCAUUACCACUCGGUGUGAUGCUUGCACCAGCCCCAUAUCCACAUCGACACUUCGGUUUCACUGUCUCCGGUGCAAUAACGGAGAUUACGACCUCUGCGCGAAUUGCUACCUAAAGUUUGUUGCAACAUCAAAAAUACACAAGGAGAACGGACUCAACGGAUGGCGUCGCUGUCUCAAGGGUCAUCGCAUGAUUGUUAUCGGGUUUGAAGAUUACCCUGAAGGACGGCGCCGCGUCAUUGCGCGCAACCUUGUUGGUGGCCACGCUUUGAAGGACAAGCAUCUGGCGUCGGCUUCAUCCCCAGUUCAAGCCGCCCCCAGCCCUGUCAGAACACCUUCAGCGGAGAGUCCCUCUACUGUAGGUGACUGGAGCUGGAAAGAAGGAUCUGAGCGUCGGAAAAAAACUCCACGCAUCCGUGACCGCAUACCAAAUUCCGAUCCAAGCACUCCUUCCUCACUCAACCCCAGUCAGCCACAAAGCCCCGUCACAGCCCCCUCAGCCUCCCGUCGUUUCCCACCAGAUGGUGGCAUCGGCCUAAUCGUACAAGCAAUGUGGUCUUGGUACCCAGAAGAAGGCGUUUACGACGAACUAAUGUUCCCUCGUGGCGCGGAAAUUACCGAAGUGGAAAACAUCAACGACGACUGGUACUGGGGCUGCUAUGCUGGGAUGACGGGUCUCUUCCCCGGCUCGCACGUUUCCGUGAUAGGAGAAAUUGUCUAA